AGCUCGACCCCCCCACCAAUGCUAGAGACUCUCCGACCCGGGCCCUUGGCGUCGGAAAUGGCGAUCAGCAAGACCGUGGCGUGGCUCAACGAGCAGCUGGAGAUGGGCAACGAGCGGCUGCUGCUGAUGGACUGCCGGCCGCAGGAGCUGUACGAGUCGUCGCACAUCGAGUCGGCCAUCAACGUGGCCAUCCCGGGGCUCAUGCUGCGGCGCCUGCAGAAGGGCAACCUGCCCGUGCGCGCGCUCUUCACGCGCGGCGAGGACCGCGAGCGCUUCACCCGCCGCUGCGGCACCGACACGGUGGUGCUCUACGACGAGAGCAGCAGCGACUGGAACGAGAACACGGGCGGCGAGUCGGUCCUGGGUCUGCUGCUCAAAAAGCUCAAGGACGAGGGCUGCCGAGCUUUCUACCUGGAAGGUGGUUUCAGUAAGUUCCAAGCCGAGUUCGCCCUGCACUGCGAGACCAACCUAGACGGCUCCUGCAGCAGCAGUUCGCCGCCCUUGCCGGUGCUGGGCCUCGGGGGCCUGCGGAUCAGCUCCGACUCCUCCGACAUCGAGUCUGACCUUGACCGAGACCCCAAUAGUGCCACAGACUCCGACGGCAGCCCGCUGCCCAACAGCCAGCCUUCUUUCCCCGUGGAGAUCUUGCCCUUCCUCUACCUAGGCUGCGCCAAGGACUCCACCAACCUGGACGUUUUGGAGGAGUUUGGCAUCAAAUACAUCCUCAACGUCACCCCCAACCUGCCGAAUCUGUUCGAGAACGCCGGGGAGUUCAAAUACAAGCAGAUCCCCAUCUCCGAUCACUGGAGCCAGAACCUGUCCCAGUUUUUCCCCGAGGCCAUUUCUUUCAUAGAGGAAGCCCGAGGCAAAAACUGUGGCGUCUUGGUGCACUGCUUGGCUGGCAUCAGCCGCUCCGUCACCGUGACUGUGGCUUAUCUCAUGCAGAAGCUCAACCUGUCCAUGAACGCUGCAUAUGACAUCGUUAAGAUGAAGAAAUCCAACAUCUCUCCCAAUUUCAACUUCAUGGGUCAGCUCCUGGACUUCGAGAGGACAUUGGGGCUCAGCAGCCCCUGUGACAACCGUGUGCCCGCCCAGCAGCUGUAUUUCACCACCCCUGCCAACCAGAAUGUCUACCAGGUGGAUUCCCUGCAAUCCACGUGAAAGGGGUCCCAGCUCCUCCUGGCUGGGAUGUGUCUGUUCUGCAGCAGUUUCUCUGGGCAGCAUUUGUGGGGGCUUCUUUGUGUGGGCCCCCCUUCAGUGUCAAAUGACACUCGCUGUCUGUACUAGACCAGGUUGCCAAGAGUGGGAUUGGUUCUUAUAAAAGGAGAGAUUGCCUUUGUUCUCCUGGGGAGAACAGGACUUGCUGGAUAGACACAGGCUAUGGACUUGCCUCUUAGCCACCCAUGCAGGGACUGAGCUCUAGACCAGGGGAGGAUGGAGUGGUUAGGGGUAGGAGGAACAUAUAUGUUCUUCUUUUGGGCCUUGUAUGACUGUUUCCUUUUGCAUCUGGAACUGACUAUAUUGUCUUCAGUGAAGACUGGUUUCAAAUUUUUUGCAUAUAGAGGAGCCAAAGAGAGGUUUCAGCCCUGUUACUUGUAGUAUGGGUUUGCAAAAAUAAUAAUAAAGAAACUAGACCUGAUACUUAAUGAUUACUGUAAAUAUUUGAUCUGAAGUCACUUGACAGUGUUUGUUUGAAUGGUAUUUUUUUUUCCUUAGAUGGGGUUAAAAGGAUUCAUCUUAAAGCAGAAAGCAGUAGGGCCACUUGUUCGAAACAAAACAGAAAAGAACCAUUUUGCUCUUGCUAAUCCAGAGAAUAAUGUUGGAAGCAUGCUUCACUGCAGCAAGUCUGACAUUUUCAUGGACUCUUAAUUGCUGAGACUUUGUGAUGGUGCAGUCUCAAGUCGUCUUUUCUAUUCUCUUCCUUGUGGUUAUUUCCCCCCUUAAUGUAGGUUUGACUAUGCCUUACCUUUGUAAAUAUUUUGGCUUGUGUUGUUUGAAAGGGGAGAUGUUUGAAAGACACCAAAUCCUGGGCUCACUUUUUAAAUUUUAACUUCUGCUGUGCUAAACAGUCUGUUACCUCUGUACAAAAUUCUUCAGGGAGUGUCACUUCAAAUGCAAUAUUUUGGGUUGGUCUCUUUCAUUAAGGAAAAAAAAUCGUUUUUGUAUAAAACUGGAAGUGUGUCUGUGUGAGCAUGGGUACCCAUUUGAGAGGUGACGUGUAUCUGUUAAGAAGGGAGGGUUAAGUCACUCCAUUAUGUUCAUGGUGUAAAGUUUUCAGCAGAAAUUUAUUAUAAGAAUGUAAAACCUUAAAUUAUUAAUAAAUAGCUAUUUUGGGUA